AUGAGACGCGCCCAGGUCCGCCAAGCGCAACAGGCAUAUCGAUCUCGCCAACAAUCCCAACUCUCUUCACUGAAAGCUCGUGUAGAGCAACUGGAAGAUGCAUUUGAUCAUCUAAGCCAGACCAUGCAUGCAUUCGAUGAGCAAGUGAUCCGGAAUGGGUCGCAGUGGUCUCAACCUGAACUUUUCCGGACAGUCCAGUUGCUGCGGGAUGAUAUAGUAUCCCAUUUUAAGCUGGCUGAUAUUCAUUUUCAAGAACCUCAAAAGAGCCAAACUUCAAUACCACCGCAGGCUGUCGUUGGGCAACCCCACGCGCAGGUCGCGUCCGAGGUGCCAAUGGGCAGCUUAAAAGAUCACACUUUGGAGUCUGACUUUUGGAAAUUGUUUUUGGGCUCGUCCGCUGGCAUGAUUCCAUCGAAUAAUACCCAGAACCUGGAUAACCAACCAAAUGACUUGGCUUCCAUUCCUAUGACAGUAUCUAUUGCUGAAACGCACACCAUCCAAUACGCCACCACACCCUUCACUCAACGACUUUUCCGCGGUUGCGCUGAAAGUGGACAUCGAUUCCUGUCGAAUCUUUCAUAUAAAGAUGAAGAUAUGUGGGAGUUUGGACUACUGUUACAAAGAAUGCCGCGAGCAGAGAUCCGAGAUUAUUUCGCACGUGUCAUCAAACUGGAACCUUGUCAACCCAUCGUCGAUGCUCGAUUCCCAUAUGUCAGCCUCGGUGGUGCAGGAACACAUUUUUUACAGCCUUACAGUGACGAUUUUUCAGAUAGCUUUGGUCUCUUCCGAACAACAAAUGGCGUGUCUCAUGUUCCUGCAGAUGAAGACUGGUUUGACGUGCAUGAUGUUGAGAGAUACCUGCUCAACCAAGGAAUUGGCAUAGGCGAGUUUCCUUCGUCCGCCCUUACGAUAGGCUAUCCAUCUAGUCCAGCCGCCGGGAAUUCGAACUUAGAGCCUCCCCAAGGCGAAUUGUCCAACAGUAUGAUGAUGGUCGUCGACGAGUAUAAAUUGAUCAACAGACUGAGCCAGCUCCCAGUUGCUCUAGGCUGCGUGGCCGGCUUUCGCCGGUCUGAUAUCGAGAGGGUAGUAUCCCACAAUGUGAGGUGGGUCCCAGUUGGAGUGACUAGCUCUCCAGGGUAG